AUGUAUUCACUGCUGGAUCUGAAUGAAGAGAGUACCAUGGGCGAAUACGAAACAAAGAUAUACAACAUUUUGAAUGAAGAGUUCAAGCCACUGAGAUUACAAGUGCAAGAUGUCUCUGGUGGAUGUGGAUCGAUGUUUGCUAUUCUCGUGGAAAGUGCUAAAUUCAAAGGACUUCCCAUGAUCAAACAACAUCGUUUGGUCAAUGAAACAUUGAAAGAUGAGAUCAAGAAAUGGCAUGGCUUGCAAUUGAAAACAAAAUCCACAUAG